AUGGCAACACCCUACCAAAAGGCGCUUUCGGCCAUUGACGCCGCCCAUGCCGCCGAUCCAAGAGUCACAACCACCACAGACGGCCAACAAGUCCCUUACGAACUCCACUACGCCCGUAAAAUGACAAGUUACCUUGAAAAAGUUGAUCCGAAUGCGUCCGAAGUUCUCCGACUCGCUAUUCGCGCACAACAUCUCCGGCGCUGGGAAGUUCCCCGAGACACAUACCCAAUGACCCGGCCGGGAUACUUUAGCUGGCGGACAGCUCUGAAGAAACGCCAGGCCGAGCUGGGGCAACAAAUUUGCCUCGACAGCGGACUGUCGGCUUCAGACGCGGAGCGCAUUGCGGCGCUGAUUCGGAAAGAGAAUCUCAAGGCGGACACGGAGACGCAGACCCUCGAGGACGUAGCGUGUCUAGUGUUUCUGGACGAUCAGUUUGAAGAGUUUGAGAAGAAUUAUGAUGAGGAAAAGAUCAUUUCCAUCUUGAAAAAGACGUGGGUCAAAAUGUCGGACAGAGCGCACGACCUGGCGCUGCAGAUUGACUUGUCGGAACGUGCAAAGGGGCUCGUAGGAAGAGCGCUCGCGGGCUAA